AUGCGUUACUCAGAAGCAGUAGAUGUAGAGCAGGCAGUGUCCACGACAGUUCGUGAAUUUUUGCCGGAAGAAAAAGAAAAGAAAGUCUUAGAAGAAUCAGAAGUAAUACCAACAAAGCCUCCUGCUCUGGAUCUCGAUAAAGAGUCUGUUGCUGGACCGCCAAAAAUGACCACUGCGCUCGAAACUGGUCCAGUGUCACAAGUGGACUCAGCCAUUCCUGUGGCAAAUGGAAUUGCAAAAGAAGCAAAUGAGGUGGGAUAAUG